AUGGAUAUCCCAGAUAUGACUUUGCGAGAGAUAGUUCAGAGUAAUCCAGUGUCAAAUACAGAGCCAAAUUCUGGGAAAGAUGGGCACAAGACAAGUAAAAAAUGGUUUGGACUAGAGACUUUAAAGACUGCAGUAGGAAAAUUGGUUCUGGAAAUUCUUGAUCCUAAUAAGGGACCAAUCCUUGAAAAGUGGAAUGUGAUAUUUGUAAUAUCAUGUCUCUUUGCUGUGUUAACGGAUCCUUUGUUCCUCUACGUUCCUCUGAUCAACCAAGACGUGAAGUGCAUUAGACUAGACAAUAAGUUGAAGAUAGCAGCUGUGAUUUUUCGAUCGAUCACAGAUUUCGUCUAUACAGUGAAAAUCAUUUUUCAAAUAAAUGAACUGAAGAAAGUAACAGUUAUGGCUAUAUGGAGGUCAUAUAUCCUACUUGACAUUAUAGCUAUUCUCCCCAUUCCACAGUAUGUUCCACGACUCCUUCGCAUUUAUCUCGCAUGUAAGGAAAUCAAAAAUUCCCCUAAAGGAAAGUUAGGAUUAUGGAUUAAAGGUGGACUCAAUUUUCUUAUGUACAUCUUUUCCGGUCAUAUGUUUGGUGGCUUCUGGUACUUCUUUUCUGUUCAGCGAAUGAUGGAUUGCUGGCAAUAUGCUUGUCGAGAUGCAGAUGGAUGUAAACCCAGUACUUUUAGCUGUCAAGAUCAUCCUACCACUAAUAUGAUCAAAUUGCUAAAUGAUUCAUGUCCCAUAAGUCCAUCAAAUGCAACGAUUUUUGACUUUGGUAUAUUUCUCAAUGCUCUUCAAUCUGGUUUAGUUGGAUCAACAGAUUAUUCACGAAAGUUGUCAAAUUGUUUUUGGUGGGGUCUUCGAAAUUUGAGUUCUCUUGGUUCAAAUCUCCAACCCAGUGUUAAUACAUGGGAAAAUUUGUUUGCGGCUGUUACUUCAAUUGUUGGCUUGCUACUGUUUCUAUAUCUACUUGGAAAUCUGCAGAUGUAUAUGCAGGUGGAAUCAGCAAGUAAAGAGCAACUACGAUGGAAGACAGAACUUGAAAGUAUGAUGAGAACUGAAAGGAAGACUAGAAUUGAACGGAGCAAGGGUCCGGAGGUAGAACAAUGGUUAACCAAAAAUGGUCUUCCUAUGCGCUUUAUGCCCGAGAUCAUGGAAAAGGUGGUGCAAGUGGAUUUAGAACAAAACAGGGAUGUUAAUGUGGAUAAUAUCCUCUCGAUUCUUCCCUUGCAACUUCAAAGGGAUAUCUUAUUUUUUGAGGAGAAGCUGGAACAAGGAGGUGGAAAGAUAGAGUUGUGGUUGUCUGAAAAUCACCUCCCCAUGCGUUUAAAGACUGAGAUUUUAGAAGCAUUAAGGCAGCGACCAGAAUUUGAACAAAACGGGGUCGGAGAUAUGAAUACUGCUCUUUCUAUCCUUCCCUCUCAACUUAAAACUUAUAUCGAAAGUUACAUGCAGAAGGUGCGGGAGAUAGAUGAAAAGACAGAUAUGUGGUUGUCUGAAAAUGAGUUGCCUGCUGACCAUUUUAAGUCCGACGUGAUGGAGGCGAUUCUGUUAACUUUGGAAGAAAACAAGGAUCUCGAUGCGGCGGAGAAUAUUAUCCUCCCUGCUAGUCUUCCCGUGCCACUUGAGGAGCGUGUCAGAGAGUAUAAGUGGCUUGUGAGAAUUGGAAAGAAGAUAGAAGAGAAAGGUGAGGAGAUAGAUUUGUGGAUGCUUAAAAAUGGCAUCCCUAAAUCACACAAGUCCGAUAUCGAGGAGGCGGUUCGAGUAGAACUUAAGAAAGACGAGGAUAUUGAUGUCGAGACUUUCAUCUCCAUUUAUCCAACAACAGCCAAAAUCCAAGAAUUUUUGCCUUUUAAUAGGCUGAAGAAGUUGAAGUUAUUGGAAGCAUUGGAUGAAAGAGUGUUAAAAGCAAUAUGUGAGCAUCUCAAGCCUGUAGAGUAUGGUUCAAGCUCGUACAUUAUUCAAGAGGGUCAACCACUUGAAGUGAUUCUCUUCGUGGAAGGAACUGUCUUUUUUGAAAAAAAACGAAAUGGGUGUAGCCUGUACGCACCACUAGUCUGGGGAGAAGAACUUCUGGUUUGGCCAUCCUCGACCUCCUUUCCUGCUGAAGUACCGAUAGCAACUGACACUCUUGAAACCGGUUGGUAUUGGUUUCAUGGAACUACAAACGCCCUUGUCCUCACUGCCACCGAUAUGGAGAGCAUAGGCUCUAUAUUCAGGCCACAAUUUGAUCUACUUACCUCACACUGGUUGACUAGGCUGAAGAAAGUGUCAAAGCUUCAAUGUAUGGAUGAAGAAGUGCUUAAAGCUAUCUUUCUGCAUCUCAAGCAGGAUUUGAAUCCACUAUAUUCUUACGUAGAGAAUCAACCAGUUGCAUCCAUGACUUUCAUCGUUGAGGGAUCUGUAAAAUUCACAAGAAAGGACAACGAUUGUGAGGAACUUGUCCGUUGUGAUGGAGAAGUUUAUGGAGAAGAAAUCCUAGAUUGGGUAUUAGAUACGUCGUUUCCUACCUUAACCCCCUUCGCCACUCACACUGCUAUUCACGACCAUGACAAUGCAGCUGUUGAGCUGUCUAUCACUGCGGAGGAAUUGAAGAGUGUAGGUUCUAAAUUCAGAUCAUACUUCAGCACAUUCCAAAAGGAAUCUCAGCCAGAUCUUUUGACUGUUGUUGGGUUGACUGUGUUAAAGAGAGUGCCGAAACUUAAGACUAUGACCGAAGAAGUUUUGGAAGCAAUCUCUCGGCAGCUUCAGUUUCGGAAUAGUAAUGGUUACGAGCAUAUCAUUCCACCGGGAGAACCAGUUGACAGGAUGUUGUUCGUUCUGAGGGGAAACCUACAACUAUAUUCAAAAGACGACGAUUAUCAAGAGGAAGAAAGAUUCUUCGGAGAAGAUCUAAUAGAUUGGCUAGCAAGGAGCUCUGACGGUACCAGACCCUCGUCAAAUUAUGAUAAAGUCACGACAGCCUUGAGCAAACAGACUCAGUUGCUCGUUCUCAUGGCCGACGAUUUGGAGAGUGUAGUGUCUGAAUACAAGUCCCAUUUCAGCUAG